AAAACCAUAUUGCUCCUGAGCUGUUGCAUGGCAUACAGUGGUCUGGAGCUAUCUUUCUACAGUGGUGUGUAUGGGACAUGUAUCGGGGCUACAACAGAGUUUGGAGCGGCAGCUAAAGGCUUGAUUGGGAUCUCUGGAAUCGUGGUGGGGAUUGGAGAGAUAGUUGGUGGAGGCGUAUUUGGACUAGUAUGUAAGAAGAACCGCUUCAGACGGACAUCUGUGGUCUUCCUGGGGAUGGUCGUCCAUUUUGUUGCCUUUUACUUGAUCUACCUCAACAUCCCAGAUGAUGCCCCUGUGGUUUUAAAAACUAGCACACUGAACAAGCCAUAUCUGACACCAAGGUAUUGUUUUAAUAUAAUAUAA